AUGCCACUUCGACCCUAUGAGCUACCCAAUUCUGUUUUCCCACGGGAAUUUGGAUGGCAUUUUGAGAUGCAACAUGUCGCGGAACGCCGAACUCGUGUGGGUAAGCGUCUGACAAUGCAAGAUUACUACAGCUAUUUCAACACUAUGUUGUGGAGGCAUAAGUCAAGGUUAAAGCACGCGUACAAAGGACAUGACAAUACUUCUUUUGAAGUAAAAGACAAUCCAGCGGCAGAUUGUGAGCAGAAUCAAACCCACGAUGAAAUUACUAAUAGUCUUGCUUGCCGAUAUGUUUCUUCUCCAGAAGCAAUGUGGGGACUGUCAGAGUUCAAGGUACAUGAUACAUCUCACACUGACUACAGACUUGCAGUAUAUCUUGAAGACCAGCAAAGAGUUUACUUUCACAGAGGCAGCGCUAAGCAAACUGCUCACGCAGAGAGGGACCGUGAGACUACCCUCACUGCAUGGUUCAAACUGAAUGUGCAUGACGAUGUUGAUGCAAAGAACCACUUGUACCCUGACAUUCCGCUACUUUAUGUGUUUAAUGAGCACACUAGAACAUUAACAUCAAGACAAAUGAAUACUAAUAUCAUCAGUAGAAUAUAUACAGUGAGCCCUAGAGACAGAAAAAUUUCACUUGUGAAUGUUGCUGCUACAUGUUUCAGGCGCGUGAGCCUCCAGGAUUUGCGCACUGUAGAAAGAGAAAUUUUGCGAAUAGUUAAGGCAUCAUGCCUGAGAUACGGUCUUCUCUCAAGCGAUGACAAACUGGAACAUGCUUUGCUAGAAGCUGCUGCCUGUCGGAUGCCCUUACAGUUGCGUGUUAUGUUUGCUGCCUGUCGGAUGCCCUUACAGUUGCGUGUUAUGUUUGCUGCCCUGUGCACGUAUAUGAACUCUGAAAAUGCUCUUCACCUGUGGACCACUCACAAGGAAUCCAUGAUUGAAGAUUUCUUGCAGCAAGGUUUUAAUGUAGAACACGCAGAAAACAUGGGACUGCACUCAAUGCAAUUCUGA